CCGGGGCUAAAAUUUAUUUCAAAAAUUUAUAAGGUUUUCCGUUCCAUCGACUCGAACUCGGUUAGAGGUUUCCCCAAGAAUCCGAAACAGGCUUCAAGCAAGGUAAACGAUAUCUAAUUAGUAAAGUCUUCGUAUAUAUCUUACAUUUUAUCGUUAUUGUAAUAAACGAGUUUUUAAGAAGAAAAUAAAACUUGGCUGCAUUGAACAGAACCUCGUAUGUGGGAAGAAUGUAUUGAUAGACAUGAGUAUACAUGCAGCUUACGUCAAGGCAAUCCGUUGUGCUCAACACUUCAUUUACAUCGAGAACCAGUACUUCCUCGGUUCGUCGUACAAUUGGGCUAAUUAUAGGGACUUAGGUGCAAACAAUUUAAUUCCGAUGGAAAUAGCACUAAAGGUUGCGAGCAAAAUUAGGGCAAAUGAGAGAUUUGCCGUGUAUAUUAUCAUCCCAAUGUGGCCGGAGGGAGUUCCCACGAGCACUCCCACUCAAAGAAUUCUCUUUUGGCAGUAUCACACAAUGCAAAUGAUGUAUGAAACAAUCUACAAAGCUUUAGUGGAGGUAGGGCUCGACUCGGAGUACGAGCCACAAGACUAUUUGAAUUUCUUUUGCCUCGGAAAUCGUGAGCCGCCCGAUUAUAGUGGAAGCGAGCAACCAUCGAACACCAAAAGUUCCAACGGAUGCACUCCACAAGCCUUGACUCGAAGAAAUAGACGUUUUAUGAUAUACGUCCAUUCAAAGGGAAUGAUAGUGGACGACGAGUACGUGAUAUUGGGGUCCGCUAACAUCAAUCAACGCUCUCUAGAAGGUACUAGAGAUACCGAAAUUGCCAUCGGGGCAUAUCAGCCUCAUUACACGUGGGCAAGCAAACAUGCUAAUCCACAUGCACAGGUAUUGAAACAUUUUUCAAAUAUAUAG